UGAUGCGUUGACUAGAGAGCCUUAAUACUUCAUCUGUUUCUUUGCUCUGUUUUUUCUGAUAUUAAAAUACUUCAGAAAACUUAGAGAGAAUAACAAGAGUUUGUAGCUUCUGUUUUGGAAAGGACUCCUUUUUUGGUAAUUUUUUGGUAGAGGAAAACAUGAGCAUUGCUGGAAACACGUUACAGAAGUAGAAAAUGGUCGUAAAUGGAUAUGCAAAUAUUGUAAUGAUAAGUUUAGUGGAGGAGCUUCAAGAAUUGAAGCACAUCUGGGGUUGAAUGGCAAAGGUGGAGGCAUUAGGCGAUGCUCCAAUUAUCCUCCUGUGGCUGGUAAAGAAGGAGUUCACAACAAUAUGGCAUCCACUUCAAGUAAUCCACCAUCGGAAGUUGCGGUUAAUAGACUUUAUUCAACACAAUAUCGAGUGGCUGAAGGUAUUCCCGAGAUGAUUUGCGCUCCUACCAGCAGCUCAGUGAACCAUCAAAAUAAUGCCGAAAUCAUGAAUUUAUCUGAAGGUGUGAACGGUAGCGAUGGUAACAGAAGUGUUUCCGAAAGUGAGAUUGAUCAAAUAAAACAAAUGGUUCUUGAUUUAGAAUGUGAGGAAAAUGAUAUUGCAAAGCAACAGCAAUCGUUGGAAUCUCGGGGCAAAAAGCGCAAUCGAGAAGUUGAUGUAUGGCUGAGAAAAUUACAAGAUAUGAAAGGAAACCUCUCAAAUGACACUUAUGAUGUAAGUGAAUUAAAAGAAAAUUUAAAAAGGCACAAGGAAGAGAAACCUCUCACUCUAUCGACUGAAUUUGUUGGGAAACAAUUAGACUUACAUAUCAAGAGAGUGUCUAAACUUCUAGAGGAUGAUAAAGUGUUUGUUGUUGGCAUAUGUGGAAUGGGAGGAGUGGGAAAAACUAUACUUGCAACUCUUGUGGAGAAUGAAGUAAAAAGGAAAGCAAGUUUUAAGGAUGUGUUUUGGGUCACUGUUUCUCACAAUUAUAGCAUCUCAAAACUGCAAAAUGAUAUAGCAAAAAGAAUAGGUGUGAAGCUUGAUGAAGACGAUGAAAGAAUUAGAGCAGAAAAUUUGUCUCUGGCAUUGGAGAAAAAGGGAAAAUCAAUUCUUAUUUUGGAUGAUGUUUGGAAUUAUAUUGAUUUGCAGAAGGUGGGAAUUCAUCAAAAAGUGAAUGGCAUUAAAGUGAUUUUGACAACUCGGUUGAAACAUGUAUGUCACCAGAUGGAUUGUCAAACAAAUGGUAUAAUACAAAUUUUUCCUCUUGGUUGCCUCAAAGAAGUUGAAUCUGAAUCUGAAGUUGAUGAAGAUGAAGAUGAUGAAGAUUGGGAGUUGUUUAUGCUAAAACUUGGACAUGAUGAAACACCUAGGACACUUCCACAUGAAAUAGAAGAGAUUGCGAGAUGCAUUGUAGAGAGAUUUAAGGGUUUACCACUUGGAAUCAACGUGAUGGCUAGAGCUAUGGAUGGGGUUGAUGAUAUUCAUCAAUGGAAACAUGCAUUAAGCAGACUUCAAAAAUUGGAAAUGAGGCAAGUGGUGGAAGAAGUCUUUAAAGUAUUAAAGUGUAGCUAUGAUAAUUUGAUGGAAAAAGACUUGCAAAACUGUUUUUUGUAUUGCGCAUUAUUUUCUAUUGAUGAUGAGGGUUGGAAGAUUAACAAAGAUGAGUUCAUCAUGAAGCUAGUUGACAAUGGACAGAUAAAUGAGAAUAUGUCUUUGGAAGAAAUAUUUGAUGAAGGGAAUACCAUAUUGAAUAAGCUUGAAUCCCAUUCUUUGAUUAGUUCUACUAAUAAUUCUUCGGUAUACACACAUCCCUUAGUGAGAAACAUGGCCUGUUAUAUCUUGAAAGAGUGUCAAAGGAAUGUUAUAGUAAAGUUGAAUAAGAGAUUGACCGAGAUACCUCUCUCACACAGAUGGGCAACUGAUUUAGAGUUGGUUCAUAUGCGGGAUUAUGACAUAGAAGAAAUCCCAGAAGGCAUGUCACCUAAUUGUCCGAAGUUGUUAGCCUUGAUUUUAAAUGAAUUGUCCAUUAGUCGUGUUCCAGAGAGUUUUUUUAUCUAUAUGAAUAAUCUAUCAAUACUGGAUUUAUCAUAUAAUGAAGACCUAGAAUCUUUGCCAGACUCCAUCACUAAGUUGAGGUCUCUUGUUUCUUUAAUACUAAAAGAAUGUGAUUCACUGAAACAUGUGCCCUCAUUGGGAGAAUUACAGACAUUGUCAAGAUUGGUCAUUUCAAACACUUCUAUUGGAGAAGUUCAAGGCUUGGAAAAACUAAUAAAAUUGAAGUGGCUUGAUCUAUCAUGCAAUAAGAGUUUGAAUUUGGAAUUAGGGUCUUUGUCCAAUUUGACCAAAAUGCAAUAUCUUGAUCUUCGAAAUACCUGUGCUAUGAUGGCAGUAUAAGAUGUUCAAGGAAUGAAUAUGCUGGAAUGUUUUGGAGGCACCUUUGACUGCAAAGAUUACGACCGUUAUAGGAAAACAAAGCUUGAGCUCAAAGCAUAUCAUCUCACUUUCGCAAAUGUAUGUGGUCAAGAAAUAAGGAUGGAUGAUUAUGUUGAUUUGAAAAAAUUUGACAGUGAUCCUAGCACCAAGACAAUACAAUUUGGAGAUUGUAAAAAUUUGGGCCACAAACUGCCUAAAGACCUUACAUGUCUGCAUAUACUUAAAAAUAUUCACUGGGUUCGCUUAUGUGAUGCUCUGUCACUUAACGAUUCUUUGAAGAUGAUUGACAUUAUCAGUUGCCGACAACUUGAGAGCUUGUUUUGUUCAUCCGGUUCUUGUUCCUUUUGCACCAAUAUUCACAAGCUGGAAGUUUUGGAACUUCAAAGAUUGGAAAGUUUAACUGUUGUCUAUAAAGUUGUUGACCAAUCUUUGUCAUGGAGUGGCAUAU